AUGUCCGGCAACUCUGAGCUCGACUACCUCAAGUCCCUCGUCUCCCAGCUCCAGGGCAAGAUCGAGUCCCUCGAAAAGUCCACCUCCAACUCCCUCUCCUCCACCCUCGACUCUGCCAAGUCCGCCCUCUCCGGCGCCGCCCCCAACCCCCCCCGCAUGGUCCUCAUCGGUCCCCCCGGCGCCGGCAAGGGCACCCAAGCCCCCAACAUCUCUUCCAAGUACUGCAUCUGCCAUCUCGCUACCGGCGACAUGCUCAGAGAACAAGUCGCCAAGCAGACCGAGCUGGGCAAGGCCGCCAAGAAGAUUAUGGACCAGGGAGGUUUGGUUAGCGAUGAGAUUAUGGUCGGUAUGAUCAAGCAGGAGUUGACCAACAAUGCCGAGUGCAAGAAUGGUUUCAUCCUCGACGGUUUCCCCCGUACCGUUCCCCAGGCUUCCAAGCUCGACGCCAUGCUCGCCGAGUCCAAGCAAGCCAUCGACCACGCCGUCGAGCUCAAGAUUCCCGACGCCCUCUUGAUCUCCCGAAUCACUGGCCGAUUGAUCCACCCCGCCUCUGGCCGUUCAUACCACCGUGAAUUCAACCCCCCCAAGAAGCCCAUGACCGACGACCAAACCGGCGAGCCCCUCAUCCAACGUUCCGACGACAACGUCGAAACCCUCAAAAAGCGUCUCUCCACAUACCACCAGCAAACUGGCCCCGUCGUCGAGUACUACAAGGGUACCGGCGUUUGGACGCCCGUCGAUGCUGCGCAGAGCCCCAAGUUGGUUUGGGCGUCUGUGAGCAAGAUUUUGGAGACUCCCGCGAAGAAGUAAGAAGGUUGGGAGAUAGAGAGUAGACAAAAUCAAAAUGUCAAAAUGCAUCCUGCAUCAGUAGUGUUUUCUGCGAGCAGAGAUCUCGGAGGUUUUGGUCGAUGUGGGUUUGGUCGAUGUGGGGUUACUCGGACGAGAAGACGAAGCGAGCAGGCGACGUCAAGUGUAUUCGCAGCCAAACGUUGGGCGAUGGGGCCGUUUCUUUGGACGGGCAGAUUGCUGUAUGAUAUCUGCCCGUGUUACCCUGCACGCAUCGUCGUGGCUAGCUCAUGUACCCCUAGCUACCUCUCCUCAAAAGCACCACCUGAUAUCGCCCAUCUAGACUGAUCCCCUCCCGUACUCGUGCUCGCUCGAAAUCAAACUGACGAGAGUAAUUCAUACUCCAUGCAUUUUGUGUGAUA